AGCCGCUGAGAGAGUGACGCCAAAACGGCAAUCUCUGCUCGCCAAAAUGGGCGAGGCUUGACACCAGACUGGCAGACUGAGCAGAGGGCCGGGGAGUCCUCUAUAAAAAAAACCCUCCCCUCCAGCGAACUGAGCCAAAUGCACAGCCUAAACCUCACCUCGCAUUCCAGAUAGCCAUGGCGAAGCCUCGCAAGCCCAAAAACGACGACGCCAAGCCCGAAAAUUCCGGAGCCCUAGUCCGCCAUCAAAAGCUCUGCCUCUCCAUCGACAUCGAUCGGCGCCGAAUCUACGGGCAUACGGAGUUGGAAAUUGCAGUUCCAGAGAUUGGUAUUGUAGGGUUACACGCGGAGAAUUUGGGGAUUGGGAGUGUUUUGGUCGACGGAGAGGCGGCUGAAUUCGAGUACUACCCGCACCAGUAUCACGAAGAGAGCGAAAAGGGGUUAAGUGCCGUCUUAACGCCGAGUUUGGCUGCGGACGCAGCGGCGUCUGCAUAUAUAACGGCACUCGAGAGGGAAUUGGUCCCGAAUCUGUUGAUUAAUUGCUGUAAGGGUUUUAAGAACGGAAGUGAACAGCAGCCCGUCACGGAGAACGGUUUUCAUUCGUCCACAGAGGCCAAGCAGCAGAAUGCAAGAGUGAUUCGUAUUGAUUAUUGGGUAGAGAAGGCUGAGACAGGGAUUCACUUCAAGGAUAAUGUGCUACAUACUGAUAACCAGAUAAGGCGUGCACGGUGUUGGUUCCCUUGUGUUGAUGACAGUUCACAGCGCUGCUGCUAUGAUAUGGAGUUUACGGUUGCCCAUAAUCUUGUGGCUGUCAGCAAUGGAAACUUAAAAUACCAGGUUCUGAGCAAGGAUGAUCCCCCUCAGAAGACAUAUGUCUAUAGUCUAAAUGUUCCAGUUGCUGCUCAGUGGAUAUCUUUGGCUGUGGCACCGUUUGAAAUCCUUCCAGAUCACCAAUUCAAUCUCAUAUCACACAUUUGCUUGUCUUCAAAUAUGCCAAAGCUUCGGAAUACUAUGGAAUUUUUCCAUAGUGCAUUCAGCUGUUAUAAGGAUUACCUUUCGGUAGACUUUCCAUUUGAGUCAUACAAGCAAGUUUUCAUAGAACCUGAGAUGGCAGUAUCCUCAGUAAGUCUGGGGGCUUCCAUGAGCAUCUUUAGUUCUCAAGCACUAUUUGAUGAGAAGGUUAUUGACCAGACUAUAGACACAAGGAUUAAACUUGCUUAUGCCCUUGCAAGACAGUGGUUUGGUGUCUAUAUCACUCCUGAGGCACCAAAUGAUGAAUGGCUGCUGGAUGGCCUUGCUGGUUUCUUGACGGAUUAUUUUAUCAAGAAAAAUUUGGGAAAUAAUGAAGCACGUUAUCGACGAUACAAGGCAAACUGUGCAGUUUGCAAGGCAGAUUAUAGUGGUGCAACUGCUUUGAGCCUCUCUGCAUCUUGUAAGGAUUUGUAUGGAACCCAGUGCAUUGGUCUAAUCGGCAAAAUAAGAUCAUGGAAGGCUGUGGCAAUCAUUCAAAUGUUGGAAAAGCAGAUGGGGCCUGAGUCUUUCCGUAAUAUUUUGCAGACGAUAGUUUCUCGAGCACAGGAUUCAACUCGUACAUCCAGAUCUCUCAGUACAAAGGAGUUCCGGCAUUUGGCGAAUAAAGUUGGAAAUCUUGAGCGUCCUUUUCUUAAAGAGUUUUUUCCUCGGUGGGUGGGUUCGUGUGGUUGUCCAGUGCUGAGGAUGGGGUUCUCCUAUAACAAACGGAAAAAUAUGGUUGAAUUGGCGGUGUUACGUGGAUGCACUGCUUCACCAGAUUCUGGUGCUUCCGUUCUUAAUAUUAAUGCUGAUUCAGAAAACCGAGAUAGUGACAUUGGUUGGCCUGGGAUGAUGAGUAUCAGAAUUUAUGAGCUUGAUGGUAUGUAUGACCAUCCAAUUUUGCCGAUGGCUGGAGAUAUAUGGCAGCUAUUAGAAAUACAAUGCCAUUCAAAGCUUGCUGCUAGGCGCUUCCAGAAGCCCAAAAAGAGUUCAAAACCUGAUGGCUCUGACGAUAAUGGUGAUGUUAUGCCUGCCCUAGAUAUGCGCUCCAGUUCAGAAUCUCCUUUGUUAUGGAUGAGAGCAGAUCCUGAAAUGGAAUACCUUGCUGAAAUUCAUUUUAAUCAACCUUUACAGAUGUGGAUUAAUCAGUUAGAGAAGGACAAAGAUGUUAUUGCUCAGGCGCAAGCAAUUGCAACACUAGAGGCAUUGCCGCAGCUUUCAUUUUCUGUUGUUAAUGCUCUGAAUAGUUUCCUCACCGACUCCAAGGCCUUCUGGAGACUUCGAAUUGAGGCAGCUUUUGCAUUAGCUAAGACAGCAUCUGAGGAAACUGAUUGGGCUGGUUUAGUUCAUUUGAUGAAAUUUUAUAAAAGUAGGAGGUUUGAUGCAAACAUUGGACUCCCCAAGCCAAAUGACUUUCACGAUUUUCCUGAGUACUUUGUUCUAGAGGCCAUACCACAUGCUGUAGCUAUGGUCAGAGCUGCAGACAAGAAAAGUCCAAGAGAAGCUGUUGAGUUUAUAUUACAACUUUUGAAGUAUAACGACAACAACGGUAAUACUUACUCCGAUGUGUUCUGGCUUGCUGCACUGGUCCAGUCGGUCGGUGAGCUUGAAUUUGGGCAACAGAGUGUUCUAUUUUUAACAUCUCUUCUCAAGCGCAUCGACAGACUUUUACAGUUUGACAGGCUGAUGCCUAGCCACAAUGGGAUCUUAACAGUCAGUUGUAUCCGGACCCUGACGCAGAUUGCAUUAAAGCUUUCAGAGUUCAUACCUCUUGAUCGUGUCAUAGAACUUAUAAGACCUUUUCGGGAUUUCAAGACAAUAUGGCAAGUUCGAAUUGAAGCAAGUAGGGCACUUCUUGAUCUAGAAUUCCACUGUAAAGGCAUUGAUGCAGCAUUGUCAUUGUUUAUCAAAUAUUUAGAGGAAGAGCCAUCUUUCAGAGGACAGGUGAAAUUGGGUGUACAUGCAAUGCGGUUAUGUCAGAUAAGUGGUGGAUCUGAUUCUAAUGAUAACAUAAAGAGCGAGGUUCUUGUGUCUUUACUUCUCCUACUUGAUGGUCGUAUUGGGUUCAACAAUGUCUUUCUUCGGCACCACUUGUUCUGCAUUAUACAAAUCCUUACAGGAAGGUCCCCAACUCUAUGCGGAGUGCCCAGAGAAACUAGAACAUUGCUUAUGGGCGAUGCAGAAACUUCCAUUGAACAGAAGAACAUGAUUUCAUCGCUUGUUCCUGAAAUGAAACUUCCAGACUUACCUUCUGAUAUCCCGAACCAUCCAGAACCACCUUCUAACACACAGCAUCCUCUGGAGACACCUCCUGACAUUCCGAACCCUUCACAAGAAGUUUUGGCUAUUCCUCAUGCUUCUAAGGAGGCAGACACUGUUUCCAGCGGUCAUGAACGUAAGAUGCCAUCUAUUAAAAUCAGGGUCAAGCAAUCUGCUGCCACCAGUAGAACUGAGGAUGCUGAUAACAAAACUGUCGAGAAAUCUCAGGGUGGGCAACACGAAACUGAUCAUGGGGCAAGUAGUUCUGUGUCUGUGGAUGCACCCCAAAGGAAUUUUGCGGAGAUUGUAAGCAUCAGCAACCAAAAUCUUGAGGAAGUAAACUCAUGCCAUGAUCAUGGUUCUCGAAUGACUGCCAGCAUUGGUAGUGCAAAACCUGCAAGUGAUGGUGACGAAAUUCGAAAAGAACUCCUGUGCACUGCAGAUUCAAGCAAAGUCUCAGGACAACUUCAGGCUGAUGUUCCAUUAUCAUCUAGCUUCAUCCAAGAUAACAAUAUAGAUGCUUAUGCGCAAAAAUUCGCGUCUCUUCAAACUCUUUCAGUUGGUAGAAGUGGUCUUGAUGGUGGUUCACUUGGCUUGACAGAUUCUUCUCUGCAUGAAAAGGAGAAGAAGAAGGAAAAGAAGAAGGGCAAGGAGAAGAAAAGGAAGCGGGAAGACCAUAAAGAACGCCGAGAUGACCCCGAGUAUUUGGAACGUAAGCGUUUGAAGAAGGAGAAAAGGCAGAAAGAAAAGGAGAUGGCAAAGCUACCGAGCAAGGAGACAAAUUCGUCUUCUGUAGAGCCAACUAAGAAAGGGGAACCUAGAAUGAAGUUGGCUCCUGCGCAACUGAAUCCAAAUGAACCCAGUGCAUCUGAUGCGGUGACCAAAAGGGUUGCAAACGAACGCCGGGGACCAGAUAGUAUGACAAAAAGGGUUGAUGUCAAGCCUGAGGCAUCGGAAGGCACUUCUGCUGCUCCAAAAAUUCGAAUUAAAAUAAAAAACCGAACGCUUAACAAAUCAUAGAUGUUGUAUUUUAUGCUUCUUCUCUUUAUAGAUUCUUCAUUUCCGGCAGUGUGUAGAAGUAGAGCGUUCAUAUGAGGGACUGCUUUGUAUUGACACAAUAAUAAUUGUAUUAGAUGCAUUUUUGUUUGUCA